CGGACGACGUACAUGUUCUCCGCGGGCGAGGACAAGAAGGUCAUGUGCUGGGACCUCGAGACGAACAAGGUCGUCCGCCACUACCACGGCCACCUGAGCGGCGUCUACUCCCUCGCGCUCCACCCGACGCUCGACCUGCUGAUGACGGGCGGCCGCGACUCGUGCGUCCGCGUCUGGGACGUGCGCACGUCGAAGCAGGUCAUGAUGCUCGGGGGCCACGUGAACACGAUCGGCGCCAUCGCGUGCAACGCGUCGGACCCCCAGGUCAUCACGGGCUCCCACGACUGCACGGUGAAGUUGUGGGACCUGGCCAAGGGCAGGGCCCUGUCGACGCUCACGCACCACAAGAAGGCGAUCCGGUCCCUCGCCGUCGCGCCCUUCGAGUUCUCCUUCGCGUCGGGCGCCGCGGACAACAUCAAGAAGUGGCAGUGCAAGGACGGCGCCUUCCUGCGCAACCUGAGCGGCCACGACGCCAUCGUCAACGCCGUCGACGUCAACGACGACGGCGUCCUCGCGUCCGCGGCGGACGACGGUUCCCUCCGGCUCUGGGACUACCGGACGGGCUACGGCUUCCAGAAGCUCCACACCGUCGCCCAGCCGGGCUCCCUCCAGUGCGAGGCGGGCAUCUACGACGCCAAGUUCGACCGGAGCGGGAGCCGCCUCGUCACCUGCGAGGCGGACAAGACGCUCAAGAUCUGGAAGGAGGACACGCACGCGACGCCGGACUCGGACCCCGUCGACAUGGCGGCCUGGACGAAGGAGUGCCGCCGCCUCAAGCGCUACUAA